UUAUCAUGAUUUUACUCAAUGUUGUAAAAACUUUGCAUAAAUUCCUGAGUAAUUGUUGUACAACAUUGGGGAAGUAUUGACCAACUCAGUUGGCUGUUUAACGCUCAUUCAAUCUGGGGAGAAUUUACUCAUUAAGAGAGCAAAAUCAUACCACACAUUGAGCAAAAUUCAGUCAAAUGUUGUGGUGGUUCAGCCCGUGCGGCGGUCUUUGUCAGUUGGAAGCACGAGACCAACAGAACCAGUCAAAAAGAAUUAAUUUUGCCAUUUUGAGUUGCAAAAUUAAAUUUACGCCAAAAUGGGUGAUUUUGUUGAAAAAGUUCUCGAGAUUGCAGGGCUGGUGGAACUCAUCGCAACAUUCAAAGAUCAAGACGUGGACGAAAAUGUGCUUCGCAAACUGCCAGAUUGCCAAGUCGGAUCGCUUGAAGAGCGUCUUUUAGCUGAUAUCGUUCCAUCAAUUGGACGGAGGCUAAAAAUUAUUAAUGCAAUCAGGGAAGUCGCCGCCAAAUCCAGUGAACAGCAGCUGGCAUCGAGAGACGAGGAAAAUAUGUACAAAUUAGUGCUGAUUAAUAAUGAAGAAACAUGCUCACAAUCCAAUAACAAUUUUGAGCAAGAAUCUAUUUGCUCCGUAAACAUUUCUGAGGGCGAUAAAUGUUUGUCACUGUCAGAUCAGUUAUUUAAUGUUAAAGAAAUUAUAGUCCAAUCAGAUCGUGAAAAAGGUACGGCCAAAGGACAGGAAAUGUUGCAACUAAUUAUUAGCCAAGGGAUGGCGUCGUUCCAAGUCAAAAGUUUAAUUAAGAGGCGCACAGUGAAUUAUCUCAUCAGAAACUAUUCCAACUAUCCACCUCGCCAUGUUAAGAAAAAUCUAGCUGAGUGCAUCUCCUCACAAUUGUUUGGGCACCUCGCCGAACAGCAGCAGAUUGAUAUUAAAAGCUUAUUCUACAGUGACGCCAAGUCAAUUGACACAGAGGAAAUGGACCAGAAAGGGCGAAUCAUUUACAAAAAUAUUCCAGCGACAGGAUUGAUCGAGGACCGAUUAAAAUACUUGCGAAAUAAAAACUGUAUUUCAAUUCGGAAGAAGCCAAGAGUCCUCGACUCUAUUACUAAUGAUCCUACUGUUGAGGAAUACGAAAUGAAAUCCUGGCUGUCUAACUCAAAAUCACCUGCAUCUCAGGUGCUGCAAUACAUGAAGGACACCUUUAAUUUGCGAAGUCUAGAAUUAAAAAAUACAACCGAUUUGAGUAACACUUUACAAGAGUGGCCACAUCUUCUUGAGACAUCUGGUGUGAUUGACCAGGACUUUGAAAGAUUGAAUCCCGGGAAAUCGGAAAUUAUGCUAAGGAAGUGGCCUAGCAUCGCCAAACAAAUUUGCGAAUUCGCCGAGAGGUCUCAAACCAAAGCAAUAGCUGAGUCAGGAAUUAAAAAAAUGUUUUCAACAUUAUCAUUGGAUGAGAUUACAAUUGCUGCAUUUGUGAUGUUGCCGUAUCUGACCUCGACAUCAGCUUAUAAGAAGAGAGGAGCAAAGAAAGUCAAAAUAUCAGCUGCGGCGGCUGCUGACUUUUUUAUUCAAUUUGUAUCUAAAACUUUUGAUUUGGAGUCGUUCAAAGCCAAUGAAUCGGAGCGACGUCAACCGUUUGUUGUUUGUGUUGGAGAUUUGGCAAACCUUAUAAUUAAGGAUGUUUACGUUAUGCUUGAGCGAAAAUUAAUUAAGUCGCCGACGAUAAUUUCUGCCGUAGAUUUAUGUUUUAAGUUGUUCCAUGUUUUAAAACUUAAGUUCCCCGAUGAAUGUUACCCGGUCUGGUCUUUCUUUGAUCACACGGUCUACCAGAUAAACGAAAUUGUAUCUCCACCUGCAUCAGUAUUAGCUUUAGGAUCUCAUAUUAUUGUUUAAUUAAUUUUGCAUGUAUGUGUAAUAAUUAGUUACAAUUUAAAUUGUGUUCAUGUAUUUAAAUUUAUCAGUAUUCGUUUUUGUAUAAGAUUGAAUAUUUAAUUCGGAAUAAAAACACUAAAAAAAUAAUUAAUCAGACGUUGUUGAAGUUUAAUUCAAUAUUAUGCUAAAAUUCAUCCAAUUAAUUGCAUAAAUAAUUUGCAAGUGAGUUGAGCAUAAUUCAUUCAAGCAUUUGAGUAAACUUUUGUCAGCAAGUUGAUUAAAAUUUGCCCAAUUCAAUAGUAGAGAACGCUCAUUAUAGUUGAUCAAAUUUUACUCAACAUUGGUCAAAAUGAAUCACUCAAGUGGCUUGAGGAAAAUUUAACCAAGACUUGUUUCCAUCACUUUUUUCCUC